UUUCCGUCUUCUGCUUUCUUUCGUGGCCGCUCCCAAGGCCGACCACCCAGAGUAGGUGACCAAGUGUGAGCGCAGUUCUUGGGACGACGUAGUCCCCUUUGAGAGCUCCGGCAAUGGCGACCCGAGAAAAGAUCAACGCGAUCGUCGCCAUCGCAUGCGCCGCGGCGGUCUCCCUUGUCGUUGCGGCGCUCUACCGGCGCCUGCGGAGGCGGAGGGCGGCCGGCUGGCGAUGCUGCUCGGAGUUCGAGGACAAGCCCCAGAACCGAUUCAAGCGCGUUUUAGCCGAUAACUCCUACGCGCCUUUCAAGCAUUUCAAGCGCGAGGAAAAGGAGGAAGAAGUCUCUUUGAAGAUGCAUCCAUUUGAAGAAGAGAUCACUUCAUUAUUGGAGAACCCUCCUGCUCUAUUAAAUUUCAUUACCACUCAUGAGUAUUCAGAUAUGAGUGCUUCUUAUGUCUGGAUAGACACAGAACACCAAUUAGAGUACCUUGCAAAGCUACUAAGUGAGGAACAAGUAUUUGCCGUUGAUACAGAGCAACAUAGUCUUCGAUCGUUCCUGGGGUUUACUGCUCUAAUGCAGAUCUCUAUAGAAAGAGAAGAUUUCCUGAUUGAUACAAUUGCUCUUCAUGAUGUGAUGGGCAUCCUACGCCCUGUUUUUGCUGAUCCUUCAAUCUGCAAGGUCUUUCAUGGAGCUGAUAAUGAUGUUCUUUGGCUCCAGAGGGACUUCCAUAUAUAUGUUGUAAACAUGUUUGAUACUGCAAAACGUGAAGAUUGGAGAGUACGCCCAUUAUCAGUAGAAAUGAUUGAGUAUGCUCGUAUUGAUGCUCACUAUCUGCUAUAUAUUGCUGACUGUUUAGCCUCUGAGCUCCGAAGAAAAUCCCCUGAUACAUCAGCUUGUCCCGAUGACAAAUUCAAUUUUUUCUUCGAGGCCAGCCGUCGUUCAAACAUGGUGUGCUUGCAACUUUAUGUAAAAGAGAUUGAAUCUACUCCUGGUGCUUCUGCUGCAGCAUCUAUAUUAUCACGUAACCUGAGUGUUCAAGGAGUUACCUCCUGGAAAAGUAGUGAAAUAAAGGAUCUGAUCUGGAAGCUGUGCGCAUGGAGGGACUUAAUGGCUCGAAUUCAUGAUGAAAGCUUAAGAUAUGUCUUAUCAGAUCAAGCUAUUGUUUCUCUUGCGGUGAGAAUUCCAAAGGAACCAAUUGAAGUAUAUGAUGUCAUACAGCAAGCUGAUUUGGAUAAUGGUUCUUCAAAUAUCUAUUCUAUCUUGCCAUCACCGUCACCUAUUGUCAGUACCCACAUAAAGGAACUUUGCUUUCUCCUUCGAGAAGCGAGUGCCAAUAUUGAUGAUGUUUUUAGAAGAUUUCUGCAGAAGCACCUGGGUCCUAUUGGAUGCUGUCCAUUGUCAGCUUAUAACUAUGCUAUUUUAUCUGAGUUCAGUUUGAAACAAACCAACACAUUAUUCAUGAAGCAUGCAGGAGAAAAGUUUACUUCAACGAUUGGUAAAAAGGCAUCCCGUGAGCUUUUUGUUCAAAAAUUCUCCUGCAAAUCCCCAGUGUAUCACAACUGCAGGAUCUAUGCGAGCGAUGGAAGAUUGCUUUGUUAUUGUGAUCGCAGAAAGUUGGAAUGGUACCUUAAACGAGAUUUGGCAAAGGUUGUUGAAGAUGAUCCUCCAGCAAUUAUGCUCCUUUUUGAACCAAAAGGCCGUCCAGAAGAUGAAGAUAAUGACUUCUAUAUUCAGAGUAAGAAGAAUAUAUGUGUUGGAUGCGGAGAAAAGAAUCACUACUUACGUUACAGAAUAAUUCCAUCAUGCUACAGAAUGCACUUUCCAGAGCAUUUGAAAAGCCAUCGUUCUCAUGAUAUUGUUCUACUUUGUGUGGACUGUCAUGAAAUAGCUCAUUCUGCUGCUGAAAAGUAUAAGAGGCAGAUAGCAGAAGAAUUUGGGAUCCCCCUUUUUGUGCGAAAGAUAGUUGACUCAGGAGAGAGCACGGUAGCAACUGUAUCAUCAAAAUCUUUGGGUGUAAUUGAGGAAACAGGUGUGUCCCCCUUGCAGUUGCGAACUGCAGCAAUGGCUCUUCUACGCCAUGGAUCCAGCAUGCCGGCAAGAAGGUACGAAGAGCUGAUUCAGAUCGUAAAGGCAUAUUUUGGGGGAAGAGAAAUAUCUCGCGAAGACCUGGAAAUGGCAUUACUUGUUGGCAUGAGUCCUCAUGAGAGAAGAAGACUUGAGAAGAAAAAAGGAUUAUCCUUUAGACAUCAUGAACAGAGCAUUAUCUAUAAAAGUAGCACAUCUAGCAAUGGUGAAACAAUUGAGAACAAUAUUAAGAGGAACAAUAGCAUUCAUAUAUCUCAGGAAUCAUUAAAAGAUUAUGUGAAGAAUAUUGAUGGUAGACAAACAAAUACAUCUGCUAGUGAUAUGCAUGCAGGUUUGUUACUCAGUGGAGAUAAUUCUCCUAGUGGCAAUGUACAAUGUCUUAACAAAACAGAGGAAUGGGAACGACGAAAUAUUUGCAUUUUAAGUAAUGGGCAUGGACAUGGGGACCUACAGAAGGAGACUUGUGAAGCUGUUCUCCCAUCCACAUCUUAUCAAGUUCCCUCUGCAAAAGCUGCAAAGAAGUUAUCAUUGUUGGGGCACGGGCCUCAUGGUAAACAAGUUGUGGAGCAUUUACUAAAUAAAUAUGGGGAGGAUGGCAUUCGCCAGUUUUGCCAAAGGUGGAGGCAAGUGUUUGUUGAUGCCAUUCAUCCUCGUUUCUUACCUUCCGGUUGGGACAUAAUGCACAGUGGACGACGGGAUUUCGGUGAGUAUAGCGUCUAUAAUCCUUCAAAGAAAGCCCUUCACACAGCAAACUAGUAGAGGUAGGAUCUUAAUUUUGUUCCACUUAGAAGCUGCUAUCUGUUUCAUUUAGAAAGUCAUUUGUUGUGAUGUUAGAGGAUCCUUUGAGAGUGUUGUCUUGAUGGGAACAGUAUCCAUUAUGUUGGAAACGGGUUGGAAUUAAUGUCUUCAUUGGAUAGUAAAUUAUUAAAUGAUGAAAAAGAUGAGAAUGUUUAAUCAUGUCUUUAUUUUUCA